GGAUCAUGUGACCAACCGGAAAGACAGAAGGGAAGGAGCCGUUGUCGCCGGCUAUCAGCUGUCUCUUUCACCCUGAAGACUCCAGAGAGGGAGAAUUAAAAUGUGCACCAGCGCCCAGCCCGUUGAAUGGACCUCCGACCUCAAAAACCAGAAUUUUGAUGGCAUCGUAUUGGUGACCCAGAGCCAUGACACGCUGCCAUCCGAGCUCGAGUUCCUGAAGGCACCGCUGCAGGACUACAGCUCUGUGGACAGUAGUUUGGGGCAGGAGGUGGUCAUCCUGAAGGUGCCUGGUCUCCCUGGUAACCGCCUGGUCUUUGCCUCCACCGGCCCUUUGAACCGUGACUAUGACGACGUGCGGCGCUUCAGUGAUGCAGCCUGCAACGGCAUCAAGAGGGCCUUGAAGGCCGGCAUGCAGCGCCCCCUGCUAGUCUGCCCCCCCCACAAGGACUACAAGAACAGCAGUAUGGUGGCUGCACUCGGAGCGCUUCAGGCUCUCUACAUGCCCCUGGAAGUGAGGGAGUGGAAUGUGAAAGCGAGCGACCACAAGGUGUGUGUCCUGGGUCUGUGGGCAGCCCAGGAGGCUCAUGGGAAAAGGCUGGUGGAGCUGGCUGACGCCCUGGAGAGCGGCAGACUGGCCUGUCGGGACAUCGGUGGCUCUGACCCUGAACGCAUGGCCGCUCCUCGCGCCGCUGAAUACGUCCAGGAACUCUUCAAGGACAGCCCUGUGAAGGUGGAAGUGGUGAGCAGCGUGAAGGUGCUGGAGAAGGAGUACCCCUGUCUGGCUGCAGUCAACCGCUGUGCCGACAGUGUCCCUCGUCACCAGGGCAGAGUGAUCAAGCUGCAGUACUGCGGAGAGGGGCCGAUCCAGACAACGCUCAUGUUGGUGGGAAAGGGCAUCACCUACGACACAGGCGGAGCUGACAUCAAGGCCGGGGGCUUCAUGGCCGGGAUGCACAGGGACAAGUGUGGAGCUGCUGCUGUGGCCGGCUUCUUCCAGAUUUUAGCCAAGCUGAAGCCAAAACAUCUGAAGGUCAUCGGCUCCAUGGCCAUGGUCCGGAACAGUGUCGGUUCAGACUGCUAUGUGGCCGAUGAGCUGGUGGUCUCCCGUGCGGGCCGCAGAGUGCGAGUGGGAAACACUGAUGCUGAGGGACGCAUGGUGAUGGUGGACCUGCUCUGUGAGAUGAAGGAGAAGGCAGCUACUGAGAAGUGUCCUCAGCUGUUUACCAUCGCUACUCUCACCGGUCACGCCAUCAGAGCCAUGGGACCCGAUUACUCUAUCAUCAUGGAUAACGGGCCAGCCCAUCGCAACAAAAAUGCUGCUCAGUGGCAGAAAGCUGGAGAGGCGCUGGGCGAUGUGUUCGAGGUGUCCACCAUCAGACGAGAGGACUACGAGUUCCACAAGGGAAAGUCUGAGUACGAGGACAUUCUGCAGUGCAACAACCUGCCGUCCUCCGCUACACCUCGCGGGCAUCAGACCCCUGCAGCUUUCCUCAUCAUGGCCUCUGGGCUCGACAAGCACGGUGUGGACUCUAAGGCCCCUCUGCCGUACUCCCACGUUGACAUUGCCGGGUCCAGCGGUCCUUUCCCAGGGGUCCCAACAGGAUCCCCCAUCCUCGCCAUGGCAACCCACUACAUCUUCUCUGAUAGUCUCUAAACGGAUACACCAGGAACAUAAAGUUCUUCUGCACUCUAUGCCAACACACAUUUGGAACCGUCCAAUAAAAAAUGAAAUCCCUACCACAACACAUAUUGCAAAUAGUGCAAUGUUUCUGUCUGACAUUCCUUACAAUGUGUUCACUCUGCAAGAAUAUUCUUCACUCCCUUUCCAAGAUCUUGUGAAGUUUUUCCUGUCUACACCAAGUCUCAAUGACCCUGGCUAAAUCAACAUGCGUAAAUAUACUCAGGGGUUAAAUGGCAGUAUUAAAAUACUAUCCUUUUUAUUCGUGUCUGUAUGUGUGCGACAAACAUGGGUUGUGUGGGAUGCUGUGUGUCAGUGAAACCAAGCACUUCUAAAUGAUUAAUAAAACAUUUGAAAUUAAAA